GUCCUGACAGUGCAUUAGAGAGUGUUCAACCGUCCUGGGCACUCAGAUGGGUGUACGAGAGAAACCUCGUGUGUCCAUGUCCAACAACAUGGCCAAGAUAGCGGAGGCCCGGAAGACGGUGGAACAGCUGAAGCUGGAGGUGAACAUCGACCGUAUGAAGGUGUCACAGGCGGCGGCCGAGCUCCUGGCCUUCUGCGAGACUCACGCCAAAGACGACCCGUUGGUGACGCCGGUACCCGCCGCAGAGAACCCCUUCCGCGACAAGCGCCUCUUUUGCGUCCUGCUCUGAGCCCUCCCGACAGCUUACCCUCCCCUGUCAAAGUAUGAA